AUGAAGUGUCAUCCGAACUUGGCAAAUCUUGCUGGGCCUUGCGCGCAGGUGGUUUUCACGGCGCCCGUGUCAUCCAAGUUGACCACCGCAUGGGAGCUCACGGACGAGUUGUUGGGAAAGGAGGAGGACGGCAUGGAGUUUGACGACUAUGGCGGCGAGCUGGGUCAUAUGGUACAAAGCCUCCUGGGAGAACGCAACGCUGAAGAUGGAAGUUGGUUUUGGGCCCUCUUCGUUUAUGGCUCCUUCACCCAGGAGUGGCUCCGUGCCCCUAGCCGCGUCGACAGCACGGAUUUGGACACCUUUCCGCACAUUGCAUGGGUGGCCUUCAGGACCGCAGCUGUGGACCGCCGAGAGGAAAACGAACGAGUCAUGAAACUCUUGGGGCCCAAACCAAUGAAGGAGAGCUGA